GAUACCUUACAGUUAAGAAUGACAAAGAGUGGUGGCUCCAAUUAGUGAACAUUCAUACAGUAUUGUAACUGGAGCUAUGGCAAGUCUACACAUCAAAGGCCCUUCACUGGUUUCUGUUAAUUACAUACUUUGUGGCUUCUAUGAUGAUAUAAAAGUGGCAGACAGUAAGAGCUGAAUUCAUUGUAACAGAGAAGCAGCUAAAAUGAGAUCGGUACUUCUAACAGGAUUCAUACUAGUUAUACUGAGUGCAUGUUAUACAAAUGGACUAACAUUGAAUGACUUGUACCCAUACGGUACAGAAAAUGGGGACACCAUGAGGACUGGAGCUAAUAAUCUCCCUCGAGUAUCAAUACAGCCUCCAAUUGAUAACUUCAUUAGAUUUGGUCCAGCUGGACUUACAGUAGCAAGAUAUCAAGUUUAUCAUAGAGGGUUCCUGGCAAUUAUAGGUGUUAAUGCUAAUAAUUACAUCUAUCUCAAUUUGCUCUACAUUUCAUCAGUUGAUUUUUCCAAUACUAAGAUAUAUGGUAGGACUACUACUGAUCCAGGAUUAAUAAACAGAGCAAUGAAUCAGAUUAAUGAAGGAUUUCCUAAUACUUUCUGCAGUACAUCUCCUCCUACACAAUUAAUAAUAGGAACAUGGAUAGAUUAUGGAAAAGAUAACUCAAACUCAGGCAGUAACUUUCAAGUAAUAAUUGUGACUAAUGGAAGCAAUACAUUUGGUAUUGCACUUUAUGUCAAUGUACACCUUACAUCAGUUGAAGAUACUGGAAUAGAGUCGGACAUUAGUGAUGAUUAUGAUUCAGCUGAUCCAUCUUUCUUUCCAUUUGGUACUACAGUCAUGAAUGCUCCUACUAUGAUGCUUAAUAGCAACAUACCAGGGACAUAUAUAUUUUCUCUGAAUCAUGUAUCACCAGUUCCUUGUAUUGAGCCUAGUCCACCUGACUGCUCUGCUAUAUGCAAAGCUAAACUUCUCAAAAUGACAUGUGAAGUUAUGAAGAUUAAUGGGAAAGCUCUACCAGCUCCUUGUAAUAACUGAGCACAUUCCUUUUCAUUCUGCUUAGUUUUGUGAUUAAAUUGUUUUUAAGUAGUGAAUGAGUUAAUUUUAUACUUAAACAGUA